GUAGUUUUCUUUUAUGACCCUUGGCAACACUUUUGUUAAAUGCAGUCAGUUUUAGGGUUCUAGGAAAUAUCUUCAUUUAUAUUAUUUUGUAAAUUUUUACAAAUUUUAAGAGAAUGGAACAAAAUGACGGUACGCCCACUGGUUAUGGGCGCGGACGACCUGCAGAAACUACUGAACUUCGUCGUCCUCUCUCAUAUUCCACGUAUGCAAACCCUGAUUAUGUACCAACAGAAGGUACAAAUACAAAUGGAAUAUUCCCGGAAACGUCAUGGCACCCUGCUCCUAGAGAUUUAACCAAUCUUGCAUCUCCAUCUGGAGAUCAUUGGCGUUCUGGUCAAAACCAUGGUGGCAUGGAUUCUCCUGCUGAAACAGGGAAAAGUGCUUCUAAACUUUCUCCUUAUGCGAAAGAAUUUGUACCCCGAAAUUUCAGACCUGAGCCAAGGGUCCCUGAAGAACCACAACUAACUGAUUCUUAUCCUGUUGAAGAACUCAGAUCUUUUCUGAAUGAAAUAACUAUGAACCCUGGCAAAUUUGAAAGAAAAAUUCAGCCAUUAACUCACACUUUAAACACAAUGGUUGAUGAUGAUGAUACUAUGAGGGCAAUUGUUAACAUUAUAUUUGAUGAAUCUGUAAGGCAGCCUAACCUACGCUAUAGUGGUGCCAGAUUAUGCAAAUGUCUUUGUAAUGAUUUGGAUGCCUCACCUGAUCGUCUUAAUUUCAGAUCAGUCCUUUUAACCAGAUGUAAUCAAGAAUUUAAACGUCGAGAAGCUCUUGCUGAGGCAGAAGAUGGUGGCACAUAUUUAAGAGGAUUUGCAAUGUUUACAGCCGAGCUUUUUUCUCAAUUAGAGGUUAUGAAACAAAGAAUAGCAAUUCUUGGAGACAGCUUGCCGAAUCUUAUUAAAACUUUGUUAAAUUACGCAUCUCCUGAUAAUUUAAAAUGUGCUUGCCAAGUAUUAAAGCUUGUUGGUGCAUACCUGGAAGAUUACGAGCGUGCGAAAAUAACUAAUAAUGGAGCAGCACCAGAAAUGGAUUUCAUUAUGUUUACAUUAAAAAAUCUGGCUAAUAGUGCAGAAAGUACUAGAAACAUUAGAGAUAUCAUCAAUAGUGUGAUCAAACUCAGAGACAGUGAUUGGGGAAGAGGCUCACACACUGAAAAUUCUGGAUAUGAAACAUCUCCUCCAACUGCUGUGGAUGAGCCUGUCAUGUAUGGACCUGAUGGAAAACCUAUGACUGCAGAUGAACUCAUGUUUUUACAGUCUCAGUAUGCUAGUAAUAUGCCUCCAGAUGCAGAUGAUUUUGACCUCUAUGAUGACCCUGCAGGCGAAGAAAUUUCUGAUGAGAUAUCUGAAGCAUAUGAACUCUUCCUUAGGGAACAUCCACAAUCAUUAAGGCAUUGAAAGCACAGUGUUGAUGUUUUCUAUUGUUUGGUGUACAUUGUUUCCCUAUGCACAAGUACAUGACUUUAAAACUUCUGUAUAAUCACUUUAUUUUCAGAUAAUAGAAUGGUUGGAUUUUAAUUGUUUUUUCCAAAAGUGAUUAUAGAAUUAACCUGUAUAAGUUACAAGUAUGACUGGCUUUUGGGAAGAUAUUAAUUUCCACCCACAUAUAUAUGCAUUUUAUGUCUUUAUAUUUAUUAGACUUGUCUUAUCAAUUUUUUUUGUUUUGUUUUUGAAAGCAUUUGAGUUUUAUAGUUGCUUAUAUUGUAUUUAGAAUUUAUUGAUGUUUAUUUUAAAGAGAUUGAAUGUAAUAACUAUCUACAUGGCCAAGAAUAGAUUUUAGAAGAGUGGGUUCUUUCUAUGACUCCCAAAAAAACUUUUUAUAUUUAAGUAAAUAAUUUUUUGCCAAGUACUCUGCUUGCAAAAAAACAUAAACUAUAUUUAAACACAAAAGUCUGGAGUCAGUGGUAUAAAAUUCAUCAAUUUUUUAAAAGCCUGGUUCUUAGUUAUUGCCUUUAGAUCUCUUGUUUAUAUACAUACAAAAAGAUCUACUUACUUUAUUCAUUUAGUGUUUCAUUUUAAUAUGUUUCUGUUUAAAAUGCGUUUAUUAUCUUUAGAUCUGUAAUUGAAUUUUGUCACUCAUGUAGAUAGAAUUACAUUUGGUAUACAUAUAUUAAAUAGGGAAAAAAACUGACUACGUAUGGUCUGCUGUACAUUUUAUUGCUACGCUCAAUGUGGGGUUGCUCACAACUUGCCAUAUAAAUGCUGUUAAAUGUAUAGUUUUAUUUUAAAGAAAAAAUCCUUUUUUUAAUUGGACAAUAGAAUUUUUUUUGUAGGUGGUACUUCUGCUCUAGAAAUUCAUCUGAUUUAUAAUGUUGAAUAUUUGAUUUUAUUCUAUAUAUAGAUAAUUUUAACUCAAAGUCUAGUAAGGCUUUAAAAAAGGUAAUAUGAAUCUACUUUUUAGAAUAAAUGUCCAUGAUUGUUUUAGUUGUGGAUUAUAAGUAAAAUUCUGAUUUUCAAGAAUAGUGUAGUGCUUUCCCCCCCCCCCCCCCACUCUUGUCUCAAAUAGUCUUAGACCAUGAAUUUGUAAGUGUAGAACUGAUAACCAAAUGCUUUCAACUACAAAUCUAUAUAUGUACUUACAUGAUUAUUGAUUAUUGUACACCAUCUUUACUGAUUCUUAAAUCUAAUACUGCUUUUUCUAAAAUUGUCAGAUGUUGCAGUACUAACAAAGAAAAAUAUCUUUUCUAGUGUCAAUUUAAUAUGGAAAAAUAUGCUGAAAUUUUGGUCACUAAUGUUAUUUGUAGUAAUAAUAUAGUGCAGUAAAUUUUAUAUGUAGCUUAUUCAUGUUCAUUUUUUAUUUUGUGUUUGUUUUAAUGCAAAGUUUUAUAGCUGUAUAUACAUAUUUAUGGUUUAAGAGUGUUUUUUGCACCUUUCAUUGUCAUUUUCAUGUGUUUAUUAUUAAAUAGUAUUUUAAAAUUGUAACUUUUUUGGAUGUUUCCUUGAAGUAUGUAGUUUCCAAGUGAGUAAGAAAGUGUCAAGUGCUCUUUGUUAGUGCAUGGGAUUUGUAUCAAUUAGUUAUUUAGCUUUUUCUCUUCCUCUCUCAUAUUUAAUAAUAUCUAUCAGCACAUGAAUAGGCAAAGCUCUGCAUAUUAGAGUAUAAACUAAUAUUAUUUUCAAAAAAAUUAGAUUGACAAAAUUUUUUAAUUUAUUUAAAUGUUCAUUUAUAAUAUCUUAAAACUAUCAGAUGUAAACUGCAAUUUCAUGGUCUACAUUAAUACAUUUGUCCUUUUAGAAACCACUAAAUUGAAAUAUUGGAAAAGUUGCUAGAGUUUCAAGUUGUAUUCAUUGUAUAUUUAAAUGUACUGUAUUACAAAAUAUUUUUCUUACUGGCACCAGUAAAUAUAUUUGUUUUCAAGUUUU